AUAACACUUGUUCUAAUUUAUCAGAAAUAAUAUUAUACUUGCAUUUAUAAUUUUUGAUAUAAAAUCACAUUCUAUUUAGUAUUCAAAAUUUUACUGAUGACAACAUGAAGAACCUUAAAUUACAUAAAUCACAAUUAGUUUGUAUUGAACAACUAACUAAUGCAAAUUCUGCAAUUAUAAUCAAUAAUGGAGAAUUUUGUUAUUCAACUGAUCAUGAAAUUUGGCGUGUAAAAUUAGGAAUUGGACCCCUUAAAGUAGUGAGUCUUGUCGAAAUUGAAGAUUAUAAGGAUCAAGAGAUUAAAAUUAUUAGUUAUGCAUAUAAUCAACCUUGGGAUUCUUUUUUGGUUGGUUGUUCUAACGGGGAUAUUAUUUUAAUUCAAGAAAAUAUUGUUGAAAUAGCAUUCAAGUGUGAUCUACCGCCUAGUCAGAUAAUAUGUAGUCCAGAUUAUGAACGCAGUAUUUUGGUUUCUGAAGGAGGUCAAAUUAAUUUAGUAUCUGAAUGCUUCGAAGUUCUUAAUGAUUUUAAUGUUAAAGAUAUAGUAUUAACAGAACAACACCUUGUUAAUGUUGGCUGGGGCAAAAAAGAAACACAAUUUCAUGGAUCUGAAGGAAAGUCUAAAAGAAAUAUUAAAGAAAUAAUUGGUGAUGAUGAUAAUACUGAUAAAUCUUUAAAUGUUUGUUGGAGAUGUGAUAGUUUAUUUUUUGCUGUUGGUUAUUUUAAUGAAUUGAUUAAUCUAAGAACAAUUAAAAUUUUCAAUAGGGAUGGUAUUCUUCAGUUUAUUAGUGAAUCACUUUCAGGUAUAGAAACAGUUUUAAGUUGGAAAACAUCUAAAGAUCUUAUGUCAUUUCCACAAAAAUAUAAUGGAGAAUAUUUUAUAAGUUUUAUGGAAAAAAAUGGAUUAAAGCAUGGUGAUUUUAAAUUACCAUCUGGACUUAAAGUAAAUCAAAUAUUAUGGAGUAUUGAUUGUACUAUACUAUGUCUUCAUUGUUAUUAUUCAGAUGGAAAAAACUGUUUAAUAUUAUUAAGAUGUACAAAUUAUCAAUGGCAGAUAAAAAAAUGGAUGAUUUUUGAAAGCAGCAUAAUUGCUGUGAAAUGGUUACUUAAUAAUAAUUUAGAAUUAGUUACGAAAAAUGGUUUAUACUUUAUUUUACACUGGAUAGAAAUAUUACAUACUUCAAACUGUGACUCACUAGAUUGGGUGGCUGUCAUCAAUAAUUGUUCUGUAUUGUUAACUCCUUUCAAUGAAGUAGUUAUACCACCACCUAUGUACCAUACAAAAUUAAUAUUAGACAAGCCCAUUGAGUCAGUGCUAUUCCUACCUAGGAAUUUAAGAGGAAAUAAUUGUAUUUCUAUUGUUUGCAAUGAUAAUAGCAUUCACAUUUAUGAUUACAGUAAUGAUAAGCAAGAAUUUGUAAAAAACAAAUCAUUUAAAAAUACUGUGGAUGCAAAUUGUUUGUGUAAUCAUUGGUUUUGGUUCAAUGAAAGUACUUUUAUUUUUAGUUUAUCUGAAGUUAAUAAUAUUCAUCAUGUUUGUGUGGCCUCGACAUCAAAUGAUAAUUUAAAAAUUAUCAUGGAACAUAAUGUUAGCAAUCCAGUUAUUGGUAUUUCCUACCAUACCUUAGGUGCACUUAUACAGCUAUCAGAUGGAAAUGUACUAUUAUGGAAAGAAAAAAUAAAUUUAGUAGAUCCUUUUAUUAGUUUCCCUGAAGAGUGUAUGCAUUUUAAUGUAAUGGAAGACAAUAUCUAUGGUCUUGGUAUAUCUAAAAGACUUUUUGAAAAUGAACGUAUUAUUUUAAAUAAUGUUGAUUCGUUUUGUUUGAAGUAUCCAUUUGUAUUGGCAGUUACUUUGAAUCAAAGUCUAAUUGCAUAUAAUAUUCAUUCAACAAAGGAUAACAAUGAUAAAUAUCAACGGCGAGUUGAGAUGGGUUCAACAAUUAUAACAACAACAGGGAAUUCGGUUAUUUUGCAACUACCAAGAGGAAACUUGGAAACAAUCAGACCAAGACCAUUAACAGUGUUGUCAGUUGUUCAUUUAAUUACUGAACAAAAAUAUUUGAAAGCAUUUGAGUUAUUACGUAAAGAACGUAUAAAUUUAAAUGUUCUAUGUGAUCUAAAUUCUCUUAAGUUUAUUAAAGAUUUAAAAAUAUUUUUAUCUCAAAUACAAGACCCUUCUUGGAUCAGUUUAUUCAUUAUGGAAUUGGAAAACAAAAACUAUUUGAAUACGGUUUAUGUAUCUCAGUUUCAACAAAAUAAUGUAAAAGAGUUGGAUGAUAAAGUACAAAUGAUAUGCUCUCAAUUGAUUCUUACCAUGAAUCAAAUUGAUAGAGAUAAGUAUGCCUUUCCAUUGCUUGGAUGUUACGUAAAAUUGAAACAGUACAACUUUGCACUUAAACUAGCAUCUUUAAAAAAUGAAUAUUUAAAACAUUUAUUAUUUUUAGUUGAUGUUGAUCAACUAUAUAAAGCAUCACUUUCUGAGUAUAAUUUAGAGAUAGCUAUGAAAAUUAUAAAUAACUCUCAACUAGAUCCAAAAGAAUAUGUACCAUUUUUGAAAAAAUUGGAAAAAAUGGAUUACCAUUAUAUGUGUUUUACCAUCGAUGAUAAAUUAGGCAAUAAAAAUAAAGCGUUAGUCAAUUUAGUGAAUUGCAAGGAUAAAUUUGAAGAAAUUUUGAAAUAUACUAUUGAUAACAAUUUGUAUUGUCAUGCAUUAACUCUGUAUAGUCUUCAUCAAUAUGAAUACAAAUUGAUAGCUACACACUAUGGUGAUGACCUCUUUUCUAAAAUGGAUUACAAACAAGCAGCAAUCAUUUACUGUCGUAGUUCAGAAAAAGUAAAAGCAAUUGAGUGUUUUAUUAAAGCUGGAUAUUGGAAAGAAGCAUUACAAUUAUGUUAUGAAUUUAACUGCAAUGACUCAGAGAAGAGUUUAUUUAAAAAUAAUAUUGUAUUAAUGCUAUCGUCAACACAAAGAUAUAAAGAGGCUGCAGAGUUUGCUGAACUAGAAUUACAUGACUAUCAUUUAGCUGUAGAAUAUAGUAUAAGAGCACAAAAUUACAUUCAUGCAUUGUAUUUAGCUAGUUCAAUAUUUAACUCUGACUCAAAACUAGUACACGAACAAGCUGUAGAAGUGCUAGAAAACAACAACGUAAAAUGUGGAAUUUAAAAGAAGGUAAUUUUAGAGAACAGCCAACUUUAGUUCUUACAUUGAAACAAAUUGUUGAAAAAUCGGAAAAUUAUAAAAGUGAUGUUAAAAACAUGAGUUUUUUGCUAUUAAGAUUAGAUGAACAUGAUGUUGGACAAAAACUUCAAAAAACUUUAAACUCAUUUAUAACUUGCAUUUAUAAUAAUAAAUCUAUUAUUUGGCCAGUACUUGCUGAAUCAGAACAAGUAGUUGAAGAUACAAUAUUAUUAUGUCCUUUGAAAAUAAUACUUGAUCAAGGCUGGAAAUUAUCUAUUUUAGAUCAGAUACAUAUUAUAGAUAAAUAAUCAAACAUUUUGAUUAUUACUAAUAUAUUGUAAAUUAUUUUAAUAAAAAUGUUAUGUUUCAAACAAGUUCUACUUUUUCAUAAUAGUUCAUUUUUAUUUUAAAAUUAUAAGAUAUAUUUGAUCAAUUUAUUCUUAAUAACUAUCAUGUAUAACAUAAUCAUAAGUGGUUUUAUAAUACAGAAUAAUAUUGUU